GCUUUCCGGUAGGUCAUGGACCAUGGUGGACAUCCGCGUCGUUGAGUUGUUCAUUGUUCUGUGAGAUACUAAGAUCAAGACAUCUCGUAUCGUCUGCCAUCUGAACUGCACUACGCGCGCAACUAUGGAAGACCUCAACCACGAGCUACCAGCUCAAACCCUGGAGCUUAACAAUGUCACAGCAGUCGAUAGUAGACUCUUGCUUCUUCUCAAGACCAGAUGACAAGUCUAAGCGUAAAAGACGCUCUCGCUCUGCUUUUGAAGGAUCUCCUCGCUAUGCCGCCUUUGAACAAUGUUUAGCACAGCUCAAUGGCUGUGUAGAGACGCAUCUGAAGGAGGAGAACCUGGCUUUGGUCGCUCGUCUGUUGCAGUUCAUCCAAGCACCGCAUCAUACUGCAUGGCCCACUAGACAGAUCAAAUGCGCAGUAUUGCAGGCUGGCUCAAACAUGAGCAACCUCGCCAGGGCUUUCGUCCAACUAGAGGAAAGGGUGUUUGCCUCAAAGAAGCAGCCAUGUGCUUUAACUGUACUGAACGCAUCUGAUUGUACUCAGCUUCGCUUGACUAUGAAGAAGCUUGUCUCAUCUACAUUAGCGCAAGGCAAGACUGUCACCAAUGACACAGGUGUGCAGUCACAUGAUAUAAGACUCCUGAAAGUGUGGCACGAGGCUCAACGAGAGCCACUACCUAUCGUUGUGGCUAUCCCUAAUCUAGAAGGCUUUGCGCCUGGAUUAGUGACAGAGUUGAUUCAACAUUUCUCGACAGAGGAAGACUUGGACAUUCGAUUCAUGCUCGGCGUUCCCACAUCCUUUGGACAAUACCAGACAGCCAUAUCGACUGCGAGUAUACGCUUGCUGGACGUCGAGCGUGUUUCGCUAGACUCUGAUCAGCAAGCUGUCGAGAAAAUCAUCUUUACGCACUUGAUCGAGUCAGACAACACUCUACGGCUAGGAUUUGACGCUUAUCAAGUAUUGCGAUCACAUUUCCAGCACAGUACUCGAUCGUUGGAACAGUUUGUUGCCGGAUUGAGGUAUCAGUUGCUGUGCUUCUUUUACUCUAAUGAGCUUGCUCACUUGGUCAGGGAACCUCAACAUCUUGUGGAGAUGAGUGCCGAGGAUCGCAGGCUAGUGUGUCAAUUACCAUCUUUUCGAGAACACAUCAAGGCGCUUGUCGGUAGCAAGAAGUUACCUUCUUUGCAUAGAGCUGAAGCACUCUUGUCUAAUGAUGACGAGGCCCUUCGCAAGCUCUGUCUGGAUGCUGUGGACUCCAUUGCAUCAUACAAGGCCAAUUUGCAUGUCGUCUUUCGCGUCUGGGACAUUCUCCGCAGCUUAACCUCUGCGCAGAGAUUCUCCUUCCCAGACUCAUACGGAGUCUUGCUGGAACGUGGUCUUGCCACCAGCAGCAUCACAAAGGAGAGUCUGAUUUCACUCAAGAAAUUCCCCACAGAAAAGACUGAAGCGUUUCUGAGGGCAUGCCUAGCAAAGCUAGGUGAAUGUGCUAUUGCACAGCAACUUGCAUUGUACAGUGCUGCUUUGGCAGAAUCAGUCUCCAGCGAGCAAAAGGUCACGAUCGAAAUCCAUGAUUACCUGAAAGAGCUCUUCGAGACGCAUCUCAUCUCUCAUGAGCACUUGCUUCUUCAUGAACUGUUCUGGACAAAUAGCACUCGCAGCUACGAUGCCGCGUACACAGCAGCUACACGCCAGUCUCUGGCAGCUGCACUUAAGACGCCAUCGCUGUACCUUGGCGAGAUGUCCGUGGACCCGUAUGCACCAGCGCUCUUUAAGCUAUUUCAAGACUCAGGCCAGCUUGUCAAUGUUUAUGACUGGUUCCAAGCGUAUGGACAAGUCUGUGGCGAGCAAGGUGGCGACGAAGAAGCAGAGAAACUGCAGCAGGCACUCUUUGCAAGGGGCACCGCUGAGCUGCAAUUCUUGGGUUUCUUCAAGAGCACGAAACGUAAGACUGAUCAUGUUCAAAAGACAUUCAGCACGUUGUAGUAGUUGGAUACUUGUGACUGUUGCUCAUUCGCUCUGGAUUUCUUGAGUUUGACGCGACUUCGAGAAGCAAACCGUACCAGCUAGAUGAGAUGAAGGUGGAAGAUGCGGCGUUGGCGGCCAAGUCGGAGAAGUGGCUCUUUACGGAGCAAGAGCUUAAGCGAACGCCCAGUAUCCAGGCUGGAUACUCGCCAGAG